AUGAACGUCGACCGUCCAGCCCGGCGGAUUCGCCUCCCAUGGCAGAGACGCGAGUCGAUACUUCCCAACGAGGACGAGACUCUAGUCUCUCGCCGCGUCCCCCUUUUCAACUUCCUCCCACUCGGUGUGAAAAACCACCUCGUCGCCAUGCUGGGCGAGUUUGUCGGGACCUUCCUCUUCCUGCUCCUGGCGCUAGGAGGGACGAAUGUUGUCAACACAGCGCCUGAACAGGGCCAACCCGUCGACCUGGCCGCCAACCCUGCCAAGCUGUCGUUCAUCGCCCUGUGCUUUGGGUUCUCCCUAGCGGUAAAUGCGUGGGUCUUCUUCCGGAUUAGUGGAGGACUGUUCAAUCCUGCUGUAUCUCUCGGAAUGAUGAUUGUUGGCGCUGUGUCGUAUCGGCGCGGCUGCCUUAUCAUCGUCUCCCAGAUCCUCGGCGGCAUCGCCUCGUCCGCCGUCGUCUCCUGCCUCCUGCCUGGACCGCUCAACGUCGGCACCUCACUCGGAGGAGGGACAUCGGUGGCGCAAGGUCUUUUUAUCGAGAUGUUCCUGACCGCCCAACUCGUCUUCACCAUCUUCAUGCUCGCUGCCGAAAAACACCGCGCCACCUUCAUCGCCCCCGUCGGCAUCGGCCUCUCCCUCUUCAUCGCCGAACUCAUGGGCGUGAAUUAUACUGGCGGAUCCCUGAACCCAGCGCGCUCCUUUGGCCCCUGUGUGGCCACCCACUCCUUUGACUCUUAUCAUUGGAUCUACUGGCUGGGGCCAACCCUGGGGGCGUUGAUCGCUAGCGGGUUCUACAUGUUCAUCAAGGCGCUGGAGUACGAGACCGUGAAUCCGGAGCAGGAUGCUAGUGGGAAUGAAGGCAGGGCGUUCGAUCCGCGCUCUGGCGUUGAGCAGAGAAUCGAUCUCGAGAGUGGAGACGGCAAGCCUGGUGCUACACACUCUAAUGAUGGGGCAUAA